AUGGCAGGAUCAGGGGUUCGCAACUGGAAGGGAACUGGCUGGAGAGCGGAACAGGGGAAGCCUUUUAACGGCAGCGGUAGCAGUGACGUCAGUGGGAGCGGGGCAAGCGGUGCUGUCAGCAGCGGGAAUGGGACGAGCGAGGAGGUGUUGCAACAGGCGUCAGACCCUGACAACAAACGAAGCGAGCUGAGUCCGACCCUGACGUCAUCAUCGUCGUCAGCAAAAGAGGGUCAAACUGCGGCGGAAGGCACGCGCGCGGAAGCAGGAGCAGGAGGAGAGGCGGAAAGAGGCGUUGAAGAGAAGGAGAAGGAGGAGAAGGAGAGCGCGGGCAAAGUAGCUCCUGAUGAUUCCUCGUCUGCCAGCCAACCAAUUAGACUAGACUGGGUGAAGCCAGUUACUCAGAAGGAGAAGGACGAGGAGGACAAGACGAAGGUGGCAGCAGGCGUUUGUGACAAAAUCCAGAGCUACGCGAAGCUGUACGGGGAGGGGCUGAUAGCCUGGCAGCCACAGGCAGACAAAUACGUGUUGAUGGACUGCCACAGGAACCAGGACCCGCUGUCGCAUCUGACGGUGGAGCAGACAGGGAGAUGCGUGGCUAGGAAGAUGAUCCGGUCGGGCAACUUGACAACGCUGUUUCUUGCGACUGACACGAAUGACGAGGAGGUGAAUGAACUUGAGAAAAUCAUGCGUACCUACAUCCCGAACCUGAGGCUGGUUCGGCAGCCGAUGUUCCUGACAGGCGAGGACUGGGCGGCACUUCUUGCUCAGGCCAAUUUCACCCACAUGUUCACUGUACAAGCUAUGCUCGAUAAGGUGAUUUGUGCUAUGGCAGAUGUGUUUUCGGGCACAGAUGCGUCAUCUUUCUCGUUGGAUAUUACCAGGAUUCGAGCAGGGCUUAGGUUUCAAGUGUGUGACGAUGCACCUAUUUGUCACGGGCAAGCUCUUGUUGGCGAGCGGUGA